AAAAUCUCCCUGUCUAGCUAUUCGCAUAUAUAGCUCGAGAAAAACCCACAUACCUUCAAGAGCCUCCUCGUUAAGCCAUGACCACCGAGCUCAUUGAAAUCACAACUGCCAGUUUACCAGCGACCUCGAGAAUGCCGAGAAUCCUCACCAUCGCUGGGUCGGAUUCCUCGGGUGGGGCUGGUAUCGAAGCCGAUUUGAAAACCUUUUCUGCACACGGCUGCUACGGGCUCACUUGCAUGAGCGUGCUCACCGCCCAGAACACCGAAGGGGUCUACGACGUCCAUUCGGUUCCAGAGGAGUUCAUCGCCCAAGCGUUGGAUGCCAAUCUCGAUGACAUAGACAUUGACGUUAUUAAAACUGGGGUUUUGACGGUUCCGGCUGUCUACGCCUUGAAGCAGGCCUUGGUGAAGCACAACUUUCGCCCCAAGCCUUUGAUCAUAGACCCCGUCAUGGUGAGCACGUCUGGCUACGCCUUAUCCGAGUCUGAGUGCUUGAAAGUCUGCAUUGACGAACUUUUCCCACUCGCCACUAUUGUAACCCCAAACAUCGAGGAAGCAUACAAGAUUCUCACCGCUUUUGGCGAGGAGCCAUCCGAAAAGACCCUUACGUCCUUUGAAGAAUUGAAAGCCAUGGCCUUGAGAAUCCACCAGUUGACCAAGUGUGCGGUGGUGUUGCUCAAGGGUGGCCACUCCCCAUGGGCCCACCAGCAGGGGAGUGGCUCCAGAUACAUCACCGAUGUGUUGUACGAGAGCACUACCAACCAGUUCACCGUUUACAAGUCUGACUAUAUCGAGACCACCAACUUGCAUGGUACAGGCUGCACUUUGUCUUCCGCAAUCAGCUCCCAGCUUGCCCACGGGGUCGAGACCAAGGAGGCUAUCGCCGCAGCAAUUAAAUAUGUCCAUAAUGCUGUCUUGACGGCCGAUUUGACGAUCGGAGGUGGCAAUGGCCCCUUGAACCACUUGUUCAACGUUUCUACCGCUGGCAUGGCGGCUACAGCGGCAACUCUGGACACAGAAGCGUUCACCGAGGGUACGGUUUUGUCCUCCUUGCUCACCCAUCCAAAGGUUUCCCUGGUGUGGAAGGAGUAUAUCAACCACGAUUUUGUUCGCCAGGUAGCUAGCCGCACCUUACCGGAGGCCUCUUUCGUCUACUUUUUGAGACAGGACUACGUGUACUUGAUUAGCUACGCCCAGGUGCAUGCCUUGGCCGCUAGUUUGGCUCCAACCAUGGAAAUCAUGUUGAAUGAGACCAGAACGAUCACCAACAUUUCUGUAGAAAUGGAUAGGCACACCGCCAAGUUGACCGCCAGAGGGAUUACAGACUACAAGGAUAUCAGGGCCGGCCCAGCGUGCACCAACUACCUUAACUACUUCCGAAACAUCGCCCGCGACGGAGAGUGGGCCGAUAUCCACCUUGCGCUUGCCCCGUGCUUGUUUGGAUACGGCUAUGCAGGUAAAUGGGGAAUGAAGCUCAACAAGGCGACCGACGAAGCGGACGAGUACUACCAGUGGUUGCAGGACUACGUCUCACCGUGGUUUAUGGAAGCCUGUGCCAAGGGCCAGCAGACGAUUGAGGAGUGUUUUGCCAGAGCAUCGCCGGAAACGAUUGAGCGCUACGUUGGAAUCUUUGCGGAUGUCUGCCAAUUGGAAGUUGACUUCUGGAGUGAGGCACUUGCUGCUGCCACCGUUCAACACGACGCAGAAUAAAAUGUAUAGCUUACACAUGAGACUUAAUCGAACACUAUGGGUUUACAGACCCAAAUAACAUAUCAGCAGUGUAAAAUAACGCCGCCGACAACGAGGGUGUAUUUUUUUGGUUCAGUAUAGUCUCAGUAUAGCCCCAGUAUAGCCUCAGUAU